GAAAAGUGGACUGACAAGCGGAAAUUACACACUGGUUCCGGAAGUGUGAACGCGGGUGGAUCCUAGGCACGUUCGCCAUUCUUGCAAGAUCAAUUUUACAGUUGACGGAGGCUAGUUACCGGUGGAGUACGAGUAACGGCAGCUGUCUGUAUUUGUUGUGAGGUGUAUCAAGGAGAGAAACAUGGCAGAACAUGAACCAACUCCAGAAGAAUUGGCCAAGAUUGCUGCAGAGAACCAGCAGGAUGAGCAUAGUAUAAACUACAAGCCCCCAGCACAGAAGAGUAUUCAACAGAUUGUUGAGCUGGACCAAGAUGAUGAGAGUUUGCGAAAGUACAAAGAAGCAUUACUUGGAAAACAGCCACCUACAAAUAUAGAUCCUAGCACUCCAAAUGUUGUGGUGACAAAGCUGACUCUGGUUUGCGCCUCUGCACCUGAUGAACUGUCCCUUGACCUGAGAGGUGACUUGGAAGCCUUCAAGAAGCAGAACUUUGUAGUGAAGGAAGGUGUGGAAUAUCAGAUCAAAAUCUGUUUUCUGGUACAAAAUGAGAUAGUUUCUGGGCUGAAGUAUGUCCAAUGUACUUCAAGAAAAGGAAUACAAAUUGAUAAAACUGAAUAUAUGGUUGGAAGUUAUGGCCCACGGACUGAAGAAUAUGAAUUUCUGACUCCCAAGGAAGAGGCACCUAAGGGUAUGCUCGCAAGAGGCUCGUAUUGCAUCAAAUCGAAGUUCACAGAUGAUGACAAAAGUAACCAUCUCACUUGGGAGUGGAAUAUGCAUAUCAAAAAGGAUUGGCGUGAUUAAUUGUCUUAAGUGCCCCAGAAUGAGAGAGAGCAGGAGUCCGUAGACAGCAGCUACUUGUUCCUUCCAAUACCAAAGUGCUGAAAAUGAUUGUUUUAAAGAGCAGUUUGCAACAAGUUAAGACUUCAGUAUCUUUUUACUGGGCAGCAGAUCUGUCAGAUAAUGUAUUCCUUUUGUACCAGUAUCUCUGUGAAUUUGUCCUUAACCUAUUCCCUUGCGUGUUUGCUACCAGUCUGGGUCCUUCCCACAUCAGCUGCAUUUAGAAGGUGCUUCCUUACCAGUUUAGUAUUUCAUAAAACCAACGGGUGGCCCUGUUUGACAGUUUUGCUUCUGAUGUGGUUUGUAAGUUUAAGGUCCGAGUUUUGGGGUGAUAACACUGACUAAGACUGUGUAUUGAACUUUGACAAGCCUUCAACAGGCAUGGCUGCUGCUGUUUGCAAAUUAAUGUUUCAUUGUUCCUCUUGGAAUGGCCACUUAACUGUUUAGCAGGGAUUCCCAUUCAGCACUUGUGUGGACUACAGAAUUUGGGCCCAAGUAGCCACUUGGUGUCAUUCCCUCACAUGGGUGCCAACUUGUAAUUCCAAGUAAGCUAAUUUUUAGGCAUUCAGUUUUUCCCACUGAAUGUGAGAACUGUUUCAUGUAUGUUGUCAGACAUCAUGCUUUUCCCAUGUUUUAUCAGACUAAAGCUUGGUUUGAUGUUAGUUUUGUUCUUGUGUAUAUCCAGAUGUUUGUAACCAUGUUGCCUUAAAGGUGGGUUUGAUUUGUAAAACAAAACUUACCCAAAAAAGGAAACUAACUGAAAUCAUGUGGAAUCUUUGUAUUUAGAAACUGUGCACACGACCAACUUCUGUUCUCUUGCCAGGCCAUUGUAUUUAUUCAGAAAUUUUAAUGAUUUUUCUAACUAGCACCAUUAAAAGAAAGACACACACCCAGUAUUAUGCUGACAGCUUUUAUUCAUUUGCAGUGAUAAAUACAGAGGCAUGCACUUUAAAACAGUUAAUAGGCUCUGCUUAAAUUUCUGUCCCUACGCUGUGUUUUUCACAGAUGUUUGGUGUUUUGUUUACUUUUCACCAGCAGUAACAAUUUUAGUAAUGUUUUUUUUCUUACAAUUUAAGGUUUUUUGCAGUUAGUCCAUGUGUGCUCUGCGUAGUGGUGCACUGUAGGUAAUUUUCAAGUGAUAUCCAGUGUAUUCAUUUUGGUGCCUUCCUGGGCAUUGAGGUCCUUAGCUGCUGCCCAUGACCAUUGUUUUUGCAGGUGUGUGCAACAGUGUGCUAGGAUUAAGAAAGGUGCAGUUAAGAAAUGUCACUGCCUUGUAAGCCUGUAACAAUUUUUUAGAACGUUUGCCUCUUACUGAUGUGUGCCUCAUUGACAUUUUGGUAAUUGUAUUGUUUUUCAGUCCCUUAUGUCUGCUUUGUUUUUUAAUGGAUCCUGUAGGUCUCUCUACCAGUGCAGAUUUGUGCAGUUGGCGAUUCUUAACAUCUGCCAGGCCUGCUUUGGCGCCCAGUAUAUGUAAACGCAGCUUUCUUGGACUACAGUUCUGCUCAUUUUUGUUUGGUUUUGAUUAGAAUGUUUCAGAUGUCAUGUUGGAAAGCACUGGGACCAAGCAUGCUGUGAUUGUAGCCAUAAGACCCUCUUCUUCCAGUAUCCGCAGCCUCCUCAGCUCUUCCUCUGUCUUACAGUAUAAAUAGAGAUAUAUAUGUACUUUUUUAAUUAAAAUGGAUUUAUUGUGUCCAUAUGUGAUUACUCUAUAUAGCCAGAUUUAACAGGUGAGCUUGUUACUCUACCUGUUCACUACAAUAAAAAUGCGAAUGGGUCAGAAA